GGCGGCGCCAAGGACGGCGACCCAGGCCCAGCACCAGCAGGCCCAGCAGCAGGCGCAAUCGAUGUUUCUGCUCCCGCACCAGCAACCGCCGCACAAUCUUUUCGCCUUUGACAACCACGCCCACCAGCCGAUGAUGUACAAUCCGCAGCAAUUCCCCAUGGGGCCCGGCCAGCCUGGUGCCGGCGCCGCAUAUUCGGCCGGCCCCAACGUCAUGCCUGGCGGUGCCGGGCCUGGCGCCAUGAUGCAGAACCCAGGCGCGCACAUGGCCGGCCCCAACGGCCAAAGUAUGUCGCUCUCUUCUCCUUGGUACUCCCGACGCGCUCCUCUGCCGGCUCGUCCCUGCGCUGGCCGUCGCGACCAGAGCGUCGGGUCGCUGUGCCGCGUGCUUGCCAUGGACGACGUGGCGCCAGUGCCGGCUGUUCCACUCGAGGGCCAAGCACGGGCAGUUCAUGGCGACACGAACUUUGGGUCACGUCAUACGCGCCGAGAGGACAGAGCAUUGCUAAUGUCACAUGUGUUGCGCCAGUGCCCAACUACCAAGCCGCCUUCAACCAGAACCCGUACGGACCAGGCAACCCCAACAUGGCAGGAGGCCAGAUGAACAUGGCCGCCGGCUAUCCCAUGGGCGCCGGCAUGCCCAUGGGUGGCGGCGGUGGUGGUUUCCCCAUGCACCCGGGCAUGACACCACAGCAACAGCAGCAGAUGAUGGCGAGGAUGCAGCAGCAACAGCAACAGCAACAGCAGAACGUUGGCAACGGCAUGUCGACGCCGACACCGCAGAGAUACCAGCCGCAGCCUGGCCACGGCACGCCAACACCAAACAGUGGGACGCCAUCACAACAGCCUCAGUUCUCACCGCCGCCGAAUGGCCAAGGAAUGCCCCAGGGGCAGAUGCAGAACAACAUGCAAAUGCAUGGACAGCCACAACAACAGCAUCAACCACAGCAGCAGCAGCAGCAGCAGCAGCAGCAGCAGCAGCAGUUCGCGCAACAAAUGCAACAGCAGCAACUUCAACAGCAGCAGCCGCAACCGC